CUCGGACAAAUUUUGUUCUCAAAGCGAAAAACGUAAACAAACUGGACCACAAUGGUAUAAUUUUUCAUUCAUCUAGCAAAAAUGGAACAUAAAUUGGAGAAUCUAACAUGUCGGAUAUGUUUAUCGGUGGGAGAGGAAUCGCAACGGAUGUGGCCACUGUUCGAAGCAUGCUUGGAACAGAAAACACCGGCCGAUAUCAUCCGGCACUGCUUCGGAGUGGAAGUUUCGAAAAGUAACAGGGCCAACGACGAGAUUUGCUCCAGCUGCAAAACCGAUCUGGAGGCAGCCCACCGGUUUUUGAAACAACUGAACGAAUCGACGGAAAAGCUCAAGAUAGUAGCGCCGAAAGUUGAAAGCGGAAUAUGUUUGGACAACGUAGAAGUAUUCAUUACUGAAGUUGAAGUUAAAACCGAACACGCAGAGGAGUAUCUAGAAGACUUGAAGGAGGAUGAUGACAUUGAGUCUCAAGAGCAGGCGUCUUCGAAAAGAGCGAGACCCAAAAGGAAGCUAGAAGUGGUCAAAUCUCCACCUAAGGGAAAGCUUCAAGUGACCGUCACGCCAAAAUCUGAGCAAAGAAUUGCUUCGCCUAAAUUUGAAAUUCUUUCCUCCUCAGAAGAAGACAAUCAAAACGAUGCCAGUGACUACGAACAGAACAUCACGUCCGAUGAUGAAGACGACUAUGAUGAAUCGGACAAACCGUCCGCUAGGCGAACUUCUCAAGGAAAAAAAUCGAAUAAUCAGCCAAAAAGAUGCUGCUCGUGUAAGGAGCCACUGGACAGCCACGAAAAGGUGCAAAAACAUUCCGAUCAAUAUCAUUUGAACUCGCGGAUCACCAAUCCUAAAGAGUACGGUAAUCGAGUGUUCGAGUGUAGCGUUUGUUACCAACGGUUCGAUACCAAAAUUUUAUAUCUCAGACAUCAACGAAAAAUGUACGUCGACAAGCUUCAUCCCUGCUCCAGGUGCGAAGAGGAAUUCGCCAAUUUGUUUGUACUGAAGAAACACAUCAAAUUUGACCACAAGAAACAGUUUAAGACUGCCCAAAUGGAAGAAAUGCGGAGUAAAGUAAAUUUGUGUUGUGGCUGUAAGAAACAGUUCCCAACUGCAGACGCUCUCAAGGAGCACGUCGAGAAAGUACACCUCAAGGAGCGAGUGCUCUAUGACACUCCCAACACUUUUGAAUGCGAUGUUUGCUACAACCGAUUCAAAACCUUCAAAUCGCUGAAACAUCAUCAGCUUCGAUUCUUCAAAGAGAAGAAGUUCAUUUGUACGCUGUGCGGGAAAAGUUUCCGCGAAAAGAUGCGAUUAGCGGAGCAUGAAAACCUUCAUCGAAAAAUUGCACCCUUCCAGUGCGCUCACUGUCCGGCGAAAUUUGCAAUUAAAAACUCUUUCGAAGUGCACGUAAAAAUGCACGACGCCGAAGAAAUCUACAACUGCGAAUAUUGCGGCAAGGGUUUCCGGAAGAAAAGUCUCCUGAUGGGCCAUCUGCACAUUCACGACACAGACCGCCCAUUCAAGUGUCAUCUCUGUCCAAUCACUUUCACCCGGCAGAAUCUACUGGAUGCGCAUCUCCUGGCACACAGUGGCUCGAAACCGCAUAAAUGUCAGCAAUGUGCGGCAUCCUACAUCCAUCAACGCGAUUUGAGACGACACAUUCGCGAGAAACACGAAGGAAUUCGUAGUUUUAAGUGUCAUCUUUGUCCAAAGGCCUACAUCCGACAUAAGUUACUGGAAACUCAUUUGAAAACCCAUAAUGACGACUGAUAACGGGGAUGAGGCUCUUUCUUGUAACGAAAAUGCUUGUAAUUGUAAUAAAAAUGUGUUCCCAAAUCA